CCUGGUCAGCUGAUUCUGACGGAGCAGAGACAGCAGACCGCUAACAUCCUUAAUGAUUAUCCUGUCUCAUCGUCACGGACAGCAUUUGAAAUGAAAGUAUCAACACCGUGAAGGAGCCAACCUAAACCCUGAAUACCCUGGAUUAACACCUGAGUCUUCUCGUGUUUGUGUUUUUCAGCAUCGGGCUUCGGAUCUUGUGGAAAACAGCAGAGGGAGCCAGACCAGGAGGAGCAGCCUGAAGACAACAUGCCCCCCAAGUUUAAACGACACCUCAACGAUGACGAGGUCACCGGAUCGAUUCGCAGCGAGAGGAGGAACCUACUUGAAGAGGACUCUGAUGAGGAGGAAGACUUCUUUCUGAGAGGACCCACGGCACCCAGAUUUGGACCUCAGAAUGACAAGUUCAAACAGGUGCAGUCGCAGGUUGACGAGGUGAUCGAUGUGAUGCAGGAGAACAUCUCCAAGGUGAUAGAGAGGGGCGAGCGGCUCGAGGACCUGCAGGACAAGUCAGAGAGCCUAUCGGACAACGCGUCGGCCUUCAGUAGCCGAGCCAAACACCUGCACAGGAGGAUGUGGUGGCGAGACAUGAAGAUGAAGCUGAUUAUUGCCUUGGUAGUCAUUGCUCUCCUGCUCAUAAUCAUCAUCCCAGUGAUCCUGCGAUAUCGCUAGUGUCUGAAGAGAAGGAUGGGGGAGAAUCUUUCAUCUCUCUCUUUUGCACACAGUCCUCCACUCCAGCUAGGGGGCGCCAAUCACCCUCCUCAGUGUCAGCCUGUGCACCCCCAAGGAUCUGACCUCAACUUGCCCUUAAUACCGAUCUUAUCAUUGGUAUUUCCACAUAAAUCUGUUGUGAGAUCAGUACUAAGGCUUGGUUUGACCCUUGGUUUGAAACUAAUCCACAGCAAGGGGACACAGGCGACUUGCGGGGAUAUUUUAGUGCAGUUUGGGAGUAAAUUACCCCUCUAGUCAAUGUGAAGGAGGGCUCCAUGCCAUGAAACAUAUCACAUGUAGGGCCCUGUCUUUGCCUUGGUAACAGGGAAACUCCUGGUCUUGCAUUAUUACACAAUAUAGAUAGACACUGUAAAGACAGGAAGUCCAUGCCAACUGUUUUCUUACUUUAGCUGGUCUGAAUCUGCUGCAGCAGCCUCACAUAAAGAGGGCCUUAGCAUCUAUCGAAUGAACCUCAGAUGUCUAUCCACGUGCUCUUCUCUGUGCCGGAGGAUGAGAGCAUUUAUAGGGAACAUUUUUGUGAGCACAAGCACAUUGCACCGUUCAACACGAGGAGAGGGAACAUCUGAGGUUCAUCUGCAUAGUUGGCUUCUUUUAAUCAUCAAAAAGAGUUUCUGACAGGAUAGUGAUUUCAUCUAUAAGGUAUUUGUCAUUAUCAGUGCAGAUGACUUGAAAGGGGCCUAGAAAGAACAUCAUAUUUCUAAUGAUUCUGUUCCAUGAAUAGUUUAUUAUCUUCUACAGUCAAACUAAAACACCCGGGUUAUGAAUGUCUCCUCGGCCCUCGACUCUCUCACCAUCUCACCUUCCUCCUCUGGUCACGGCUGUCCUACUUUCCUGCUGGUGACAUCAAACCGUUUUCUCACUCUGCACAUGGUUCUCUUCAGUUUUAAUACUGCUUCUGUCUUUUUCCCCCUCAUUUUGAAAGUUCUUCUCUGGGCGCUCGAUGUGCUGCUUGUAUGGAUGCUGGUGUUCCUGUCGCCACUGAGUUUGACUCAUUGUAUUGUUACAUUAUUUUGAAGCAGGAGUGAUUUAAUGGAUGCAAGUUAGAAGUUGAGCUGUGAAACAAACAUAGGUGUCAUUGUGUCUGGAUUAAUGAACUGUAUAAUACAUUGUAAUUUUAUUAUUUUGACUGUAAUUUAUUUUAGCUGUAAAUAUUGGUAAUGAUGUACAAUACUCUGGCAUUGCAUUGGAAGACUGUGAUAUACGGAUGCUCUGAAAUAAAGUGAUUUUAAAGGGCA